CUUCCUCAGCAAAAAGAGGAGGAUUGGCAGCAGUAAGCUCAGGGCUAAUCUUCCUCAAAAAAAAAAAGAAAGAAAAUUAUAGUUUUAUUAAAUCAUGCAUAUAGAGCAGUGACUGUUUGCCUGCCAUGUGGUAGGUGCUCAGUACACGUCAGCCGGUAUUAACCAUAUCUACUUAUCCAUCACCUGUCACCGAAUGGACCACAGCACGCAGCCUGGGGCUCUGUCCUGGGUUCUGCCGGGACCUGUUUCUUUGGGAGCAAGGCCUCCUGGACUUUGGGGCUUCAGCAUGACUGGUUAAGAGGCGGGGCUCUAGACCCGGUUGCCUGGGUCUGAAUCCCAUUUCUUCUUGCAAAAGUUACUUAACUCUCGGCUUCAGCUUCCUCCUCUGUAGGACGAGGAUCACAGGACCCACCUCACAGCACUGUGAGCAUUAGACGAGCUGAUAUAGGUAAGGUUCUGAGCGCAGCAGCUGCAAGUAAAAAGAGCUUGAUCUGUGUCGGCUGCUGUUCCUCCGUGACAAUGGAGGCAAUCACUGUGGUCUCACACUCAGAAGCCAGAGUGUCUCAGCACAGGAAUUAGACUGCAUGUAACUGUAUGUAGAUUGUGAAUGGCACACGUGCGGUUGAACCUGUGGUCCUGUGCAAAGCACACACUGGGACUGACGUCCUGGUCCCUCCCCUGUCAGUGCUGUGUAUGACUUGUUUUUUAAUCAGUCCAGAAACGCCUGCCUCGCUCACCUCCUCAAGCUGGAAGUGGGUGCAGGGAGGGGAUGGAGGUGAAUAAUAUUCAGAAAGGUUAAGGCCUUCUAUGUAGCAAGGAUAUUUGUUGUGAUUUUUAGGGAAACCGUAUGCGAGGAAGGGGCUGCUCUGAGGUUGGGUUUCUACUCUGUCUUCCCUCCCCAACCCUUGGGACCUUUGCACUGCUUUCUGGCAUUCAGAAGAAAAACCAAGCCUGGCUUUCUUCGAACAGUCAGUGGCCCUGUUUGCUGGACAGUGAGAUGAGGCUGCAUCAGUUGGUACCAGGCCCAGUGUCUCGACCGCUGAUGCCACUUGACUCCCAGCAAUAGAGCUGGAGUGUGGAGCUUUGUGCUGUGUAUUAAGUGUCCCUGCUUGGGGGCAGGGGCUGGUGAUAGAGCCAUCACGCGAUGGUCUUGAUAUCUGGCCAGAGCUUCCUGUUUAAACCCUUUUUCUACUACAUGGUCUGUGUUUCCUCCUCCAUGGGAAGAAAUUUAGAGUUUUGCCACCGACUCUGAAUAACUUGUGGGACUUCUUGCUUCUGAUGAUGGAGAAGGGCCUGCCUCACCUGUUGGCCUUGGUUUCUGUGUCUGGAACAUGGAGAUGAUAGUAUUCACCUGGCAAGGUUACAGUGAAGAUUAAUGAGAUAGGCGUGUUUAGCAAAAUGCUGCACAGACCAGGUGCUCAGUACAUGCCUGUGCCCUUCCCCUUCUUUGUUCAUUCUGGGAAUCACUCUUGCUCGGAAGCUGGGAUGAGCUGGCCCCUGGUCCCAUAGCCCAUAGUUCCUUGGUCACCAACUUCAGGCCCCACUCAACGCCUAGCCAAAUAGGAUGCCCUCUGGAGCACCUAGCCUGAGACAGCAGUCCCACUUUCUUUCCCUGCUGCUCCCUGUCAUGCCCCCACUUCCCAGGCCAAUCUCAAGUGUGCUUUGAGUUGGCAGACGGUGUCCAAGCCGAGAGUGCCCCACCGAGCCCUAGGGAUGUGGCGGUCUAGCUUCCUGCUCCUGGCUCAUUUCUAGAGAGCUGAGCACCCAAAUACCUUGCAUGCGGCCCAGCCUGAAUCCCAAGUACGCUGGUCAGAUCACAUCAGGCAGGAAUCCUGACUCAGCCUCACCCGUAAGGCCUUCUGUCGCGCACCUCCCUUCUCAGGGCCUGGGCAGGGACUGUGCUCCCUGCUUUCCAGGAGCUGAAGGGCUAGUGGGGUGGGGGCGGGAAAGGACUGCAAGCCAGUGACCGGGAGGACCGCAGUAGCCAACCCUGAGGGCUGCCUGGUGAGCACAGUCGAGAAAGGGGAAUUCUUGACAGCUUGGGUUCCAGGCAGCCUGGAGAAGGUGUAGGACUUGAGCUGGACAGAGUUCAGGGGAAAGGGAGAGGCCGUCUGAGGGAGGUGAUUGUGCUCCACGUGUACCUGGAAACAAACACAGGCUCAGUGCUGAUGAAUAUCCCCAUCUUGGGCCCAGAUCUGAGAUCAAAACCGAGUCCCACGAUUUUGGGUCUAGUGUUUAUUCCGCCGCACCUGACUGGGAGGGGUCGUCUGAUGAGCGGAUCCCCGGCUCCAGUGGCCGUGCUGUGCAGGCAUGCACCCUUUUCUGCGUAGCUCCUACCUGCUCAUCUUGAAGGCUCAGCAACGUGGCUGCCUCCCCUGGGAAGCCCUGGAAGAACUGAGCACGCCCCACUCUAAGGACCUGUGUCUUUACACCUGUAGCAUCUCACUGCACUCUGAGUGUAUGUUGUCCCUUCUGCUAAAGGGGGCUGCAGUCAUUCGUUUCUGAAUUCCCAGCACCUUCACAAGGGGCUUGCACGUACUUGGGCUCAAUAAGUGUUGGGUGGAUGGGUGGACGGACAGGUGGGUGGGUAGGUGGGAGAGUUUUAGUGCUCUUUGACGUUCCUUUGGGGGAGGUUCGGUUGCACUUACUGAGGCAUACCUCCUCCUAGGGUGGGUAAACUAGAGCUCUUUAAUAAAGAAGUCUUUUUGGAGCCUCCUUUCACCUUGCUCGCCUCUGACUAACUGUUUUUGAGACCAUAUCUCCACAGGACUGAGUCUGGCCCAGAGCCCUCUGAUGAGAAAAGGGGCUCGUCACGGACCGUUGGAUAUCAGGGCUGAAAGGGCCUUACAGAGCAUCAGAUUUGAGAUUCUAGAGGUGGGAGGCGGCAGAGCUGGGACCAGCACCCUGGUCUGACUCCCAGCCCAGGGCUCUGCUCAACUGGAGGUCUGCCCAGACCCUCAACCUUCUGGCGUCUUUCCCGGAUACCUCACCUCCUAAGGGACGCCAGGCUGCAGGGAGGGGACAAGGGUUGGCUGUGCACAGAUGGGCAGAGGUGCCUGGUCUGGCUGACAGGGAAAGUUCAAGUUCAGGUUUCACUUUGCAGGGGAUGUAGGAAGAGAAGGGAGCGGGGAGGGAACUUCCCAGUGGUCUGGAGACCAAGCCAAGCUCUUCAUUCUCUUCCCACAGCCCUCUUACCUCAUUCCGGACCGAGGGAUUUCUUGGUACUGCUACCCUACCUUGUAGGGAAGCAUUUAUUGUGGCCCAAGUAGAGAAAGAAUUUAGUUACUAAUUCUAGUCCAACUCUGGGUGGGAGUAGGGAAGACAGCGAUCAUGCCCCCAGAUGGCUUGGUUGCUUGGCUGUUUCAGGUGACUGCCAGCCCUCGGCACCCUGUGGUCUACACACUUGAACAAUGUGUAGACAGGUGAAGGAUGGGUAAGUGCAGCUGGGGAGCCCUUUGCCACCCCGUGCCCUUGUCUCUCAUUGGUGGAGGGCUAUGACACCCCCUCCCUGAUGCCAUGUGGGCUUGUCAGUGAGCACUGAGUGGCCUCCGGUCCAUGGAGAGCACCCUUCCUGGGGCUGGGGGCAGGGGUGUAUGAGAUCACAUAGCUGUACGGUUGUAAGAACCUUAGACAGCAGCUAGACCAGCUCUCAUUUUACAGGUGCGGAAACUGAGUCCCAGAGAGGUGAAAUGGCUCGUCCAGGCCACACGGCUACAAAAGUUGCUGAAACUGGACCACACUGUUCUGGCUCUCAGUUCAGAACACUUUCCAGAAUUUUCAGAUGGUUGGAAUUUUCCGUUUAAUCGUUUUUGUCUGUGCAACCUUGGGCAUGUUAAUAAAUUUCUCUGAGAGUCUGUUUUCGUCCUUGCGAUGAAAUAGGAAUAUUAAAUACCUGCUGUGCAGGAUGGCACAAAUGGCAGGAGUUGGAGAAGAUGCGUCAGGUACCCAGCACGGGCCAGGCACCUCCCGCAGUUAGUGGGUGUCAUCACUGUGAUUGUUUUCCCUGUAGAUGGGAACCAUCCUGUCUCAUAACUGGGAUGUUUAUCUCACCCUUCAUCUCCCUUCCCAGCCUCAGACACCAGCCAGGUCUGCUGCAGUGACCUCUCCUUACCUGUGGGGGCCAGCACCUGGGGAGGCGUUUACAUUCUUGGCAUUCCUCUGGCCUCUGGGGGCUGAGAGAGCGCUGGGGCGGGUGCGGGAGGCCCGUGGGAGAGGGGCGUGGAAGCCGGUCCCCCUCUGACCCCUGCUGCUCCAGUCUGGGAAUGAGAAAGCCUUCUCCGGGAUUCUCCACUGAGGAAGCCCAGAAACCUGAAGAGGCGUUGCCAGGAGCGUGCACAUCCUUUCAGACACAUGGCGCAGCUGUGAGAUGAGGAAACUGAGGCUCGGGGAGGUCAAGUAGCAAGGUGACACAGUUACACCUCCUGCUUUCCUGUUGUGGUGCUAUGGCAAAGCAGCGACUGGGGAGGACGCGCCUCGAGCUGAACCCACAAACGCCCAGCUAAGACUGCUGUCUGGUCCUCCAGUCCCUUUUUGGGGCCACUGUCCGAGUGAUGGGGUAUGUGUCCAGGAAGCACCCCACGGCAGCAGGCGUUUAGCAUGGGCUGAGAAGCUGGACCCGCACGGAGGGCUGGCAGAAAUGGGCUCCUGGCUGAGUCCUAGGUGGUCGGUGUCAGAAAGGAGAGGCCUGGGUGUCUGGAGCAGGCCAGAGACGAAGCAGUUCUGGAAUGCGUGAACGGGCUGGAGCCCUCGCCGCCUGGCCCACCAUGGUCCAGAGGCUGUGGGGGAGCCGCCUGCUGCGGCAUAGGAAAGCCCAGCUCCUGCUGGUCAACCUGCUGACCUUCGGCCUGGAGGUGUGCCUGGCCGCGGGCAUCACCUACGCGCCACCCCUGCUGCUGGAAGUGGGGGUAGAGGAGAAGUUCAUGACCAUGGUUCUGGGCAUCGGUCCAGUGCUGGGCCUGGUCUCCGUCCCGCUCCUAGGCUCCGCCAGUGACCACUGGCGUGGGCGCUAUGGUCGCCGGAGGCCCUUCAUCUGGGCCUUGUCCCUGGGCGUCCUGCUGAGCCUCUUCCUCAUCCCGAGGGCCGGCCGGCUGGCAGGGCUGCUGUGCCCGGACGCCAGGCCCCUGGAGUUGGCCCUGCUGAUCCUGGGCGUGGGGCUGCUGGACUUCUGUGGCCAGGUGUGCUUCACUCCCCUGGAGGCCCUGCUCUCUGACCUCUUCCGGGACCCAGACCACUGUCGCCAGGCCUUCUCUGUCUACGCCUUCAUGAUCAGCCUUGGGGGCUGCCUGGGCUAUCUGCUGCCCGCCAUCGAUUGGGACGCCAGUGCCCUGGCCCCCUACCUGGGCACCCAGGAGGAGUGCCUCUUUGGCCUGCUCACUGUCAUCUUCCUCACCUGUGUGGCAGCCACGCUGUUGGUGGCCGAGGAGGCAGCGCUGGGCCCGGCCGAGCCACCAGAAGGGCUGUCGGUGUCCCCCAUGCCGCCCCACUGUUGCCCGGGCCGCGCCCGCCUGGCUUUCCAGAACCUAGGCACCCUGUUCCCCCGGCUGCACCAGCUCUGCUGCCGUGUGCCUCGUACUCUGCGCCGACUCUUUGUGGCCGAGCUGUGCAGCUGGAUGGCAUUCAUGACCUUCACACUGUUUUACACGGACUUCGUGGGUGAGGGGCUGUACCAGGGUGUGCCCAGGGCUGAGCCAGGCACCGAGGCGCGGAGACACUAUGAUGAAGGGGUCCGGAUGGGCAGCCUGGGGCUGUUCCUGCAGUGUGCCAUCUCCCUGCUCUUCUCCCUGGUCAUGGACCGGCUGGUGCAGCGAUUCGGCACCAGGGCAGUCUAUCUGGCCAGUGUGGUGGCUUUCCCCGUGGCUGCCGGUGCCACGUGCCUGUCCCGCAGCGUGGCUGUGGUGACCGCCUCGGCUGCCCUCACAGGGUUCACCUUCUCCGCCCUGCAGAUCCUGCCCUACACGCUGGCAUCCCUCUACCACCGCGAGAAGCAGGUGUUUUUGCCCAAAUACCGAGGAGAUGCUGGAGGUGGCGCCAGUGAGGACAGCCUGAUGACCAGCUUCCCACCAGGCCCCAAGCCCGGAUCUCCCUUCCCGAGUGGACACAUGGGUGCUGGAGGCAGCGGCCUGCUCCCGUCUCCACCCGCACUCUGUGGGGCCUCUGCCUGCGAUGUCUCCAUGCGCAUGGUGGUGGGUGAGCCACCCGAGGCUGGGGUCCUUCCGGGCCGGGGCAUCUGCCUGGACCUUGCAAUUCUGGACAGUGCCUUCCUGCUGUCUCAGGUGGCCCCGUCCCUGUUUAUGGGCUCCCUUGUUCAGCUCAGCCAGUCUGUCACUGCCUAUAUGGUGUCGGCUGCAGGCCUGGGUCUGGUGGCCAUUUACUUUGCCACACAGGUAGUAUUUGACAAGAGCGACUUGGCCAAAUACUCGCUGUAGACUGCUUCCAACCCACUGAGGGAAGGCCCUGUUCCAGUCUCCAGUCAGCCCCCAGGGCUGAGGCUGGCUUCCAGUGUCUGUUGCUGCCAAAGUGGUGUGGCUCUUUGCUGCCACCCCAUGGCCAUGGGUGCACAGCUGCACAGGUGGGGGACUGGGGCUUCCCUCUGGCCUCUCCCGGGCUUUAGUGCUGGGCGACUGGUGGCUCUCCCGGUGGGCUUCAGUCUGGACUCCCACAGGGAAGCCAGAGGGCAGGCGUCUGGUUAGCUCCGUGCUCCGGGGGGUGCAGGACUCUGCAGGGGGACAUCGAGGCUCAGGAUUAACAGCCGGUGUCCUGGUCAGGACAUACCCAGAGAAGGGAUUUGGGGAGCUGAGUAAACUCAGCCGCCUGGGCUCCCACCUCCAAACCCCCUUAUCCCGUAGGUCCCCCCAGUGUUGCUCUUACGCGGCAGUUUCUGGUGUGAAACUCUCCUCCACAGGAUUUGAAAGUAUGAGAGAUAUUUGCGGGGUAGAGUCCUGAGGGGAGAGGGGAAGCUGCCUGGCCCUACAGCGCUGCCUUUCUGCUGAUCCCCCGCCCCUAUGUUUUAUCAGGACAUGGCUUGUUGGCCCCUGUGUUACCACCAUAGGGACACAGGCCUUUAAAUAUUUAAGUUAUUUAUUUAACUAAGUAGAGGGGAAUCAGUUCCCAGCUCUGCCAUGUUGGUGUCUAGGAGGUGAGAUCCCCAAUGAUGGGGUCCCCUAAGAUGGCUGUUUAUCAUGCUGAGCAUUGCCAGAAUCUCCUCCUGGGGUGAUUGGUCUGGCCCCCACAGUACCUAACCCAGGAGCCUGGAAUCUCUGCUCGCCCCAACUCAUCCCAAAUCCUGUUACCCAAGGCUGGGUCCUGGACGAAGGUGGGGAGGGGGGCUCCAGGUUUCACAGCCUCCCCAGCCUCCCCUCCUUUCUUGGCCCAGCCUUGCCCCCCAGCUCCUCUCUGUUCCCUGUAGGACUGGGCUGAUGAAGGAGCUGCCCGCCCCCUGCCUCUCCUCAGCAGCCUCCCUGCCUCUCCUCUGGGCUGUGGCAGGACCAGAAGCACGGAGUUUGGCUCCUGGAGCCUUUAUCCGUCUCAGCCCCCAGGGCAUAUCUGUGCUUGGGGAAUCUCGCACAGAAUCUCAGGAGCGCCCCCUGCCUGGGCUAAGGUCUAAUCUCGGGAGGGUUUAAGUGCCGUUUGCAAUAAUGUUAUGUCUUAUUUAUUUAGCGGAGUAAAGAUUUUAUACUGUAUGUGAGCAAUCAGAGUAUAAUGUUUAUGGUGAUGAAAUUAAAUGCUUCUUAUAUGUUUAA